CCUCCAGACGAGCGCAGUUUUCUCCGGCAAGGAGCGCUGCCCGCCCCCUUCCCGGCUGCUCCAAGUUGCCGCACCAGGAGCCCAGAAGAUCGGCGGCGCUGCGCCCGCGCCCAGCCGGGCUCUGGUCGGGCUCCAGCAGCUGCGGAGGGGCUGCUGCUGCUGCUCUGUGCCGUCGGGCGGGGGGCCAAGCGGGAGCUGCUGCGCUCUGGGCCCCUCCUUCCUCCCCUCCCCUCCCCUCCCGGAGGCUGGCAGCAAAGUCCCGGCUGUGCGAGCGGCGGCGGCGGCGGCAGGCCAGCCAGCCAGGAGGGGGCCCGGCAGAGGCGUCCAGCGCGGCGGAGCGGCCGGUGACGAGAUUCCCAGAUGUUGUUGACUGAUUGAUUGAUUGAGUCCCAUCAACUCCUUGGUGUCGACUCCAAGCGACCACAGAGAUGGAUUCUCUCCAGGAUGAUCUGUCUUCCACUUGGCCUUUAAGCUCUGAGGUGGCGGCCGCAGACGCCUGAACAGCAGCAGCAGCGCCAUGUCGCACGAGAAGAGCUUCCUGGUGUCCGGCGAACCCUUCCCUGGCCAACAGCCUCCCGUCCCCCCUGGCUAUGCCCAGCCUCCCUACCCAGUGGCCCCCUACCCACAGCCGCAGUUCCAGCCCGUGGCCUACGGCCAGCCCGGCUUCCCUCAGGGGCCCUACCCACAGGGCCCCUACCCACAGGGCCCCUAUCCGGCUCCGGCACCGUAUCCACAGGGACCCUACCCGCAAGCGCCGUACCCGCAAGGGCAGCCCUAUCUGCAGGACCCCUAUGCCCAGGCGCAUCCUGUCGGCCCCGUGGAGCAAGACUCCCCCCUGCACAGCAACUACCAUGAGGAUGGGCCGCCCUCCUACUACGACAACCAGGAUUUCCCCACCACCAACUGGGAGGACAAGAACCUCCGCCAGGCCUUCAUCCGCAAGGUGUUCCUGGUGCUGACCCUCCAGCUGACCGUGACCUUCGCCUUUGUGGCCAUCUUCACCUUUGUGAAGGAGGUGAAGACCUUUGUGCGGAAAAACGUCUGGACCUACUACGUCUCCUACGCCGUCUUCUUCAUCUCCCUCAUCGUCCUCAGCUGCUGUGGGGAGUUCCGGCGCAAGCACCCCUGGAACCUCGUUGCCCUGGCCAUCCUGACGGUGAGCCUCUCCUACAUGGUGGGGAUGAUUGCUGGCUUCUACGACACAGACGCCGUCAUCAUGGCGGUGGGCAUCACUGCUGCCGUCUGCUUCACGGUGGUGAUCUUCUCCAUGCAGACCAAGUACGACUUCACUUCCUGCCGAGGGGUGCUGAUUGUCUGCCUGAUGGUCCUGUUCAUCUUCGCCAUCCUCUGCAUCUUCAUCCGGAACCGCAUCUUGCAGAUUGUUUACGCCUCCCUGGGCGCCCUCCUCUUCACCUGCUUCCUGGCUGUGGACACUCAGAUGAUCCUGGGGAACAAGCAACUGGCCAUCAGCCCGGAGGAGUACGUCUUUGCAGCCCUCAACCUGUACACGGACAUUAUCAACAUCUUCCUUUACAUCUUGGCCAUCAUUGGGCGUGCCAAGGAGUAGGCACUUCCCCCGUCUUGCCCCCUCCAGCCUAAGGUUCCUUGCCCACAAGCCCCAUCUCUUGCGCACCCUCCCCCCCUUUUUUGCUCCUACCAGGCCCCCCCUUUCUUUCUCUCUCUCUCUCUCUCUCUCUUUUUGUGAUCUUCUUGCCCUUCCCUGGAGUCGGGAUUCUCCUCCUGAACACCCAACCUGCACUUUUCUGGGGAAGGCAACCUGUCAAGGUCGGGCAAAUGGGCCAGCCCCACUGGUGGACUGGUGGGGGGCAGGGCACCCUGUCUCCACCUGCUGCCCGUGGCUAUGGGGCUGGAGAGCUCAUGGGAAGACAAGGGUCUCUUUCUGCCCUGCACCCCCUAGUGGGCGGGGAGUGUUUGGUCCUGCACAGGCAAUGUGAAUCUAGAUAGCUCUUCUCUCUCUCGUUCUUGCGCGUGCAUUUUUGUCUGGAAAUGGAAAUGUUAAUUUAAAUUUCUCCUGGGCGUGUCACCCAGACUCCCCUCCUUCUCUUCUCCCCCCCCCACCCAUGGAAUGCCAAGGCUGUUCUGGGGGUCACCCAGACACACUGUGUGCCCCCUUUCAGGGCUGGGAAUGAGCUUCCCUACACACUCCCCCCCCGCCACCCGAUUAAGUCGUAGUCCCGUUCCUGGGCUUUAUGUUCCAGCCACUGCGGGGUCUCGUGUGUGAACACCCAGCACCUUUUGACCAAUACCGUCCAGAAGAGUGUGUGUGGGGCGGGUGGCUGCUCCCCUCGAGCUCUGGGGCAGGGGCUGGUCAGCUCCAGUUCCAGGCACUGGGAGGCUGGGAUGGCCCCUCCCUUGGGCUGGGACUCCCAGCACUUGGCUCGGUUGGGCUCUCUUGUGAGGGAUGUGAGUUUCCUGACCCUGGAAGGCAGCCGGGCCCCCUGCCCCCCACGCCUUGCCUCCCCCUCCCCCCAUGCGGCUGGCUUUAGGGGGGCCCUGCACUACUGCAUGCUGAGCAGCCCCCACUCUGCCCCCGGGCCAGCCUCUGCACCCAGCUGUCUCCCUAGGAUGUCUAAUAAAAGUGAGAAUGUACCGGA